AGCAGCGCAGUCGCAGCAUCAUCCCAUACACAACAAGUGACAAUCAACUUGAUCAACAAUCAGCAGCAGCAGUAGCAGUUCUCGCCGCAGUCGUAGUCGCAAUCUCUCGCCGUCCCGUGUCCAUUUUUUUGUCUCGAUUUUUUCUCUGCUGAUCAUCGCAGUCGUCGGCUCGGCGCUCGGUUUUGCGUUGAGGCUUGCAUUGAAUUCGGGAACUGUAAUUGAAACGGUAUCUGUAGUUUCCCGCUAUCGGCGAAUAUACUCACAACUCAUUGAUAUUUUAACCUCGUGUCCGUGUUGGUUGCCGCUCGACCAAGGUUCUGGCCACACAAAAUGCUCGUCUCUUUGGGCUUUUCGAAGCCUCGCUUCGUCGGAUUAAAAGUGCUCCUAUAGCCAAAACUAAACCGGCAAAUCAAAAAAAUAUAUUUAUUUAUAUUUUACCACAAAUUUUAACGAAUUGGCAGCAAUCGAAAUAUAUAGAGCACAGUUAAUGAACCUCAAAGAAAAAAAAAAAACAAAAAUCGUUGAAAUUUAAAAAUCGCGCGCAAACAAAAAAAUAUCGAUCGAUUAAACAAACACAUACUAUACUCGAUUAAACAAAUAUAUUAUGCAAAUUUAAAUAAUUAGCGCUGCAGUUCGAAAACCAGUUUAUAAAAAAUAUAUAUACACUGCGUGUGUAAAACCUAAAAAAAGGCUCUAAUCAAAAAACUUAAUACAAGCAAAUAUAUAUUACAGUUUAUGCAUAGCCAUAUAACAAUAUAUAACACAUACAUGCGCGAAUACAAACCUGAAGAAGGCUUUCAAAAACUUUAUCAGCACCAAUACCACCAAAUCGGUCUACCAACAACACACACGCAUACAUUCAAACAGCCUGGUAUAAAUAACACGCAUACAACGACAGCAGCUGUUACUCUCUCGUCUAUGUGAGCGGCGAUUAAACUUGAAGCAGCGGCACCAGCAAAGAAAAAAGCGAAAAAAAAUAUUAGCAAAGCUUUGCAGCGAUUUUCACACUCAGCGGCUAAACAGAAUAAAUUUGUAACGCGCCUGGAAUAGUUGUGUCUCACAGUGUCUAAGCAAAAGCUAAAAAAUACAUCUGAUAUAUAUAUAUAAAAUAUAUAGAAAAUUAUUUGUGCGUGUUUUCCUAUAAAAAAGUGUGCAACAGUGUUGUCAAACGUCGCGUAAAAAUCGACAAAUCAAAUGCAAAAUUUGAUUGGCAAUUUUAUAAAGAACUCGUUUGCUUUAUUCUCCAAUUAACUGUUAUAAUGUGCGCCUUGUGACAGUGUCUCAACUGCAAUAACAAACAACAAAGCGUCUUACAUAAUCGAAGAAAAGCCAAUAUUUUUAUUGGUCAAAUCAUCCACAAAACAAAAAGUCGAAGUCGUACAAGUGCCAAACCAUUUGGUCGCCGCAUAAUUAGAAUGUCAAAUAUCUGACAGCGUGCUACACACACAAAGCUCACGUUAAGAUAAAAAACAGCAACAGAAAGCAAAAGAGAGCGAUACAGACAGCCUCUCGCAAUUAACAGUUAAUUUCACGCAAAGGUUUUAAGACACAAGCUCGUUAGAAUGUUCGCAUCAAUCUGACAGCGGUUUAAAAAACCAAAAACAAAAACCAACAGCAAUACAAAACUAGCUUAAUUAAGCCAGAAAAAGCCAAGAUAAGUUCAAAAGUUCCCUAAGCGCUGAGCGAAAGGAACGAUCGAGGAAAGUAACAAGAAGCGAUAGCUACAUUUUGUGCAAUCCCACCCAAAUUUUUCAACCCGACGUCAAAGAACUUAACGAUAAAUGGAGAAAUCUGAAAUACGACUGCAACGCAUGUCUAAUGAAUAUCAAUCGCAAUCGAGCUAUAUGUAUUUGCGUAACAAAAUGCUGUUAAAAAUUGAAAACACCCUACUACGUAGCCAUCGUCAGCGUGAGACCACCGGGAUCAAGAAACUAUACAAUUCGUUUUUCGUACUCUUUUAAUUUCAUCAAAACGUUCUCUCCAACGUCCGAAGAACGCACAACGAAUUUUAUUUUUUUAUCAAUUCAAAGUUACAAAACAAAGUUGUUAAAACAAUUAAAAAAAAAAAGUAAAAAAAAAACUAGAUAUUAUUUGGUUGUUAGUUGUAUACAAAAUCCAAGUGCUGUGCUAAGAAAACAAAAAAAAAAAAAAA